AUGAACUGCAAAGGGCAGGCCACGUCAAGGGCUGUUGGAUCCUACAUCAAUUUUACGGGUCUUUCAAAGCUGCCUCCCUGCAGGGAAGAGCCCUGCUGCCAGGCAGAGUCCCAAAGGUUUCUCCUGUCUCCAAAGUCCGGGGACGUGAAGGCCACUAUUGCCGUGCUCAGCUUCAUCCUCUCCAGUGCAGCCAAACACAGAGUAGACAGCGACUCUCUGUCCAAUGAGCUGCAACAGCUGGGGCUGCCCAAAGAACAUGCCGCAGGAUUGUGCUGGUCUUACGAGGAGAAACAGAGCCCCCUUCAGGACAGCUGGAGGACACGCAGCUUGAGAUUGAACCAUCUGGACGCUGUGUCCUGGAGGGUGGAUCAGACGCUCAGCUCCAGUGAGCUCCAGCAGGUCAGUGAGCCCCUUGUGCACCUGAAGUUUACCAUGCGAGAAGGGGACUGAGGCAUGACGGAGCCCUUUGCCAUAAUCGUGUCGGCAGAGAAGUUCCCGAUCUUACUGGCAGAGCUGAGACAGGCCCACGCCAUGAUGAAAACUCUCAGCUGAGGAGCUGGGAGGAUGGCAGUGAGCGUGGAAGGAGCCAGCUGAUUGUGCUGCAGCCCGUCGGAGAGUCUGGUGGGUGCGGUUCCUCUGCUGGGGAAGCCCCUUGCUGCACACAGCUGCAGACACCGCCUGGGCAGAGGUUGGACUGGGCUCUCUCCUUCCUUCUCAGACCCCUGCAGCUGAAACUGACGACUGCUUUUCCCACUCUUCCUGGCUACUGUCCCCCCUGUUUCCCCUCCAGCUCUCUUGCUGUGAAGCCUCCUGCCCGCCCUUCCUCCAUCGUGCCCACAAGCCCUUGUGCUUCCAGGAUCCCCACCCCAGGAUCUGUCCCCAGAGCAAUGGUGGAUGGGAGCUUGGUGGCUUCUGCAUCUGCUAACGAGAUCUCCACCUCGAGACCAGCUUCAGCUCGGAGUUCCCAUAACAAAGGCAUCCAAACCCCUGGGCAGUGCCACCAUGUAACACACAUGCCUCCAGAGAACAUCCAGGCCUGCCGGCUGGAGGCUGCUUUAACAGUGAGAGACCCUGACGUCCCCUGCCCAGGUCUUUGUUGGUGGCUCUGUUCCUGAACAGCUGCAGGGAGCUGAUCUGUCCUUUUGCUUCUGCCUGAAUUGUCUCCUGUGCCUACUCCAGGGCAGGCACUUGGGCUCCCAUGUCUCCUCUGGAGGCUAGCACGCUGCAGCCCACCAAAUGCUGUGGCUA